CAACAUUCCAACCCAUUUCAUCACUCUUCACAGAAACAUCGAGCAGCAGAAGAAAGAAACUACAGAAAAGAGAAAAAAGACAUGGCUUCCACUUCUGCAGUUUCAUUGGCUAUGCCAGUAACUUAUGCCAGCCAGAAGAGGGUACUGGUGCCUAGCUCUGAUGCAUUAUUCCUCAAGCCACUGCCUCUACGUUCUUAUUCUUCCAAGGCAAUGGCAGCAUCAAAAGUACCCAAUGGAAGGUUUCAGGUGAGGGCUUCCAUGAAGGAGAAAGUUGUGACAGGGCUCACAGCAGCUGCAUUCACAGCCUCAAUGAUGGCUCCUGAUGUGGCCGAGGCCGCCGUUUCGCCUUCUCUCAAGAACUUCUUGCUCAGCAUCGCCGCCGGUGGUGUUGUUGUUGCUGCCAUUAUCGGUGCGGUGGUCGGGGUUUCCAAUUUCGAUCCCGUCAAGCGAAGCUGAUCGAUAUAUCAAGUUCUCAGGCACUACUGUGUUUUUUCUUUUUUUUUUUUGUUACCUCUUGUCAUAAUAUUUGUAAUGUUCUUCAGAAAUGAAGUGAACCCUCUCUCUUGUGUGUACUAAUAUGCUACUCUUAUGCUACACUUGGAGCAGAAGCUUUUCAGUUCUUAAAUAUGUAAUUUUCGUUUCGACACAUCAUAGAAAUAGUUAAAUUACGUGUUUAUGCUGCU